UGAAGCUUCGACAUCAAGCAAGUGUUUUCCGAGAAAUCCGUCUGCUUGAGUCUUUGUUCAAGAGUCAGUGGUCAAAUCAUGGUGUGGCACUCCCACCCGGCUACGAAAAUCCUGCAGCUGACAUUUCAUCGGCGCUACUUCCUCAUUUGCUGAGCACUCUCAUGAAACCAGAACGAGAACUCGCAGCCGAAAGGGACACACACGAGCGCAGAGGAAUCCACAGAGGCGCAACGACACGGCUUCUCGGUCCAGUUUGAACUGGAGGGGUCAAACGGGGCUGAAAAGGUCAGACGGGAAGAGCCGCUUGUUGGUUGCUGGACUCCACUGCCAGCAUGCUCCGGCAGUCUCUGAGCAUCUUGAAGCAGUUUAGCUCUGCAGCAAAGUCACAGGAUGCCACGGAACUUCUCCAUGAAGACCUGGUUCUGGUGGAGCAGCGGGUGGAGCCGGCCAAGAAGGCGGCUCAGGUCCUCCACAAGAAGCUGCAGGGCUGCAUGCAGAGCCAGCAAGGGCUGGAGGCCGAGAAACGAAUGAAAAAGCUUCCUCUGAUGCUGCUCUCCAUCAGCAUGGCCGAGAGCCUCAAAGACUUUGACGCCGAGUCUUCAAUCAGGCAGGUGCUGGAGAUGUGCUGCUUCAUGGAGAAGAUGCUGGCCACCAUGUUGUCAGAUUUUGAGAUGAAAAUGGAGAAGGAAGUCCUGGAGCCGCUCAACAAGCUCAGCGAGGAUGAUUUACCAGAGAUUCUUAAGAACAAGAAGCAGUUUGCGAAGCUCACGAUGGACUGGAACAACGCGAGGAUCAGGAGUCAGACCAGCACAGGUCCUCAGGCAAAGCAGGAGGGCCUUAGAGAGGAAGUGGAAGAAGCUUGGAGGAAGUUGGAAAGCAUAAAGGACCAGUACUCUGCAGACCUCUAUCACUUUGCAACUAAAGAGGACGACUAUGCCAAUUAUUUCAUACGUCUUCUCGAGCUGCAAGCGGAGUACCACAAAAACUCCUAUGAAUUUCUGGACAAAAACAUCAGCGAGCUUAAAGACAGCCACAGUCAAAAAGGCCCGGCGUCGAGCCAGUCCAGCCAGAAGGUGUACGGCGAGGCUCUGCUGUCUCACCUCUCAGCGAGCAGCAGGGAAAUCGCUGUGCCCAUUCAAGAGUGUAUUCACAUGCUUCUGAGGACCGGCAUGAAGGAGGAGGGUCUGUUUCGUCUGGCGGCCGCAGCCUCAGUGGUGAAGAGGUUGAAAACCUGCCUGGAUCAAGGGACGGUGGACCACAGCGAGUUCAGUAUGGACCCUCACGCCGUGGCAGGCGCUUUAAAAUGUUACCUGAGAGAACUUCCUGAACCUCUCAUGACGUUUGAACUCUACAACGACUGGUUUGAAGCAGCAGGAGGGAAAGACCUGACUGAGAAGCUGGAGCAGUUCAAGGUCGUACUGAAGAAACUGCCCCCUGAGAACUACAACAACCUCCGGUAUCUGGUGCAGUUUUUGUCUCUGCUGUCUGAGCAGCAGGCGGUGAAUAAGAUGACCCCCAGUAACAUCGCCAUCGUCCUGGGACCCAACCUGCUGUGGCCCCGGGCUGAAGGGGAAUCGCUUUCAUUCGACAUGGCCUCAGCCUCUUCAGUGCAGGUGGUGACGGUCAUCGAGCCCCUUAUUCAGUACAGCAAAAGUCUUUUCCCUGAAGACGUGUCCUUCGAGGUCCCAGACUCACCUGCAGCCCUGGACGUGCCUCCACCGGCUCCAGCUGCUCCGCCUCUGUUUCCAGAAAGGGAGAAAGUGAAAAGAACCAUCUCCUCUUCUUCCACAGCCUCGUCCAGCUCAUCUUUUCACCCUCCGCUCUCCAAGACAAACAGCACAGCGUCUGUGGACAGCGGCUUCUUCCUGCCAAAGUCCGGCUCAGUGGGUAGCCGCAGCAGCAGCAGCAGCUCCACGUGGGCCAGCCCCACCACGGCGGAGACGGCGGCACCCGCCCAUCCCAGCACCGCGUCCAGCAGCUCGUCCUCCUUCCACCCCGGCCCGGGCCCGGUCUCCAACACUUCUUCAGCGUGCGGCUCCACAGCAAACCAAAACCCCACCCCGCCUCCGAGAUCAAUGGGGCCGGCUCUGAACCCGGGCCAGACCAGGAGUCCCACCCAGAAGCAGUCCUCGGACCAAAGCCAGCUGGAGCCAAUUUUAGAAGCUCCACCAACUUCCCCCAAAGCUUUUGUGACGAUCUCACCGAUACCAUCCAAGGCGAAAAGAUCUUUCAUCCCAGGCAAAGCAGCUGAAGCCACUGAGCAGGUCACCGUCCAGUUCUCCAAAGAAAAAUUCCCACCACAUCCAAAGAUGGAGGCCCCUCCAGUACCGACCACAGCCACGGCUGUUAAGGACUCCAAACCCCAGCCAGGGCCAAGACCAGGGCCUAGGCCGGGGCCGGGGCCGGGUCUGGGGCCAGGCCCGGGUCCAGGGCCGGGUCCGGGGCCGGGCCCAGUGCCAGGGCCUCGCGGUCAGCCGCCCAACCCCAGAAAGCCUGCGCCCAAACGGCCUGGACUUAAAGCCCCGAACUGCCCUCCACCGCUUCCUCCACCCGCACAGGCAAAAGCACACUGAGAGAAAAACAUCUUAAAUAUGGAAAUUCAACAUGUGCUCAAACACUUUUCUACUUCUCAGAAAGGGAAAUUACCACCGGAUGCUUUUUGCGCAUAAUUAGAAGUGACUUUUCUUGAAAUUUUAGUUAUGUUACUUUUUUUGGGGGGAGUUUCAAAUUUUACUCUGUAAUCAGUUUCUUUUAUUUAUUCUUAUAUCUGAAAUUUUCAGUAUUUAUAUGAUCUUAAAAAAAACCCUCAAACAACAGAUCAACAAUAAAUGAAAAAUUUCUUACAGGUACCAAACAGCCAGUUCUGUAACUGAUCAUUUUAGUUUCCAAUAUUCUAAUCUCUUUGGCACAAAUAUAAUAAUACUCCGUCCUGUGGUCGGUUGUGGUCAGUUUUAAAUUAUUUAUUAGGCCUGAA